CUUCCUUAGGUGGUUGUGUUUCACUUGACAUAAUUGAAUGCUUUUAAUAUAAUGAUAUAAAUGUAUUCUAUAUAUAUAUAUAAACGUCAAUUGCCACUAAUUCUUAUACGUUCAAUUCAAUUUUCUAUCUCUGAAGUUUAAACACCCAAAAAUCAAAUCACGUGAUCAUUUUUUUUGGAUGGCUCAUAUUUUUUUUUUCAGGCUCUUCUCUGUAAAUUUAAGUAACUAUAGCUGUAAAAAGGGUAUCAUCAAUUUAAUCAAUUCACCGAAAGUUAAUCAACAAAUACAAGUCAAUAAUCCUGAUGAAAGAGGUGGUUGUGGAUAUUGCUCCCAAAUGUAUUCUGGGUCUAGAAUUCGGAGCUUUAUCCUCUAAGGAUAUUGUGGCUCAAUCUGAAGUUGAAGUUACUACUCGUGAUUUAUAUGAUCUAGAAAAAGGUAGAGCUGCUAAAGUUAAUGGGGCUCUUGAUCCUAGAAUGGGGGUUUCUGCCAAUACUUCAGAAUGUACUACUUGUCAUGGUGGUCUUGCCUCUUGUCAUGGUCAUUUCGGUCAUGUUAGAUUGGCAUUACCUGUGUUUCAUGUUGGUUAUUUCAAAUCAAUCAUUCAAGUAUUACAAUGUAUUUGUAAAAAUUGUUCAGCUAUACUAUUGGAUGAACAUGUUAAACGUCAAUUCGUUAUUGAAUUAAGAAAACCAAACAUUGAUAAUUUAAAAAGAAUGAGAAUCUUAAAGAAAAUAUUGGAACAAUGUAAAAAGCAAAGAAGAUGUCUUAAAUGUAAUCAUAUUAAUGGUGUGGUUAAAAAAGCUGCCAGUGGUGCUGGUCCAGCUGCUUUAAAAAUCGUUCAUGAUACUUUCAGAUGGAUUGGGAAAAAGACUGUUCCUGAAAAGGAAUAUUGGGAUCAAGAAUUUGAUCAAGUAUUUUCCAGAAAUCCUGAAUUGGAAAAAUUUAUAAAAAGAGUUCAUGAUGAUUUAAAUCCUUUAAAAACGUUAAAUUUAUUCAAACAAAUUGAUCCUGCUGAUACUGAAUUAUUCGGUAUAGAUCCUGCAAGAGGAGGUAGACCAGAAAUGUAUAUUUGGAGAUAUUUACCUGCCCCUCCCGUUUGUAUCAGACCAUCAGUCAUGAUGGAUGCUCAAUCAAAUGAAGAUGAUUUAACGGUGAAAUUAACUGAAAUCGUUUGGACUUCAGGUUUAAUCAAUGCUGGUAUAGAAAAGGGGAUUUCCAUUAAUAAUUUAAUGGAACAAUGGGAUUAUUUACAAUUAUCUGUGGCGAUGUAUAUUAAUUCCGAUGCCGCCAAUCCUGCUUUAUUACCUCCAACUGGUGGAGCUGGUGGUUCAGGUGGAGGUGCGAAAUCAGCCAAACCAAUCAGAGGGUUCUGUCAAAGAUUAAAGGGUAAACAAGGUCGUUUCAGAGGUAAUUUAUCGGGUAAAAGAGUGGAUUUCUCUGCAAGAACCGUUAUUUCUCCUGAUCCAAAUUUAAGAAUUGAUGAAGUGGCAGUCCCUGAUAGAGUUGCUAAAGUGUUAACUUAUCCGGAGAAAUGUACCAGAUAUAAUAGAAAGAAAUUACAACGAUUGAUUGUUAAUGGUCCUGAUAUUCAUCCUGGGGCAAAUUAUGUCGUAAAACAAGCUGAAGUUCAAAAAAGAAAUUUAAGAUAUGGUGAUAGAGUUAAAACUGCUAAGAAUCUUCAAAUUGGUGAUGUAGUAGAAAGACAUAUUGAAGAUGGUGAUGUGGUUUUAUUUAAUAGACAACCUUCCUUACAUAGACUUUCAAUUUUAUCUCAUUUUGCCAAGAUUAGACCAUGGAGAACUUUCAGAUUAAAUGAAUGUGUUUGUACUCCUUAUAAUGCUGAUUUUGAUGGUGAUGAAAUGAAUUUACAUGUUCCUCAAACGGAAGAAGCAAGAGCUGAAGCUAUGAAUCUUAUGGGGGUAAAGAAUAAUCUUUUAACUCCAAAAUCAGGUGAACCAAUCAUUGCAGCUACUCAAGAUUUUAUUACUGGGUCUUAUUUAAUAUCUCAUAAAGAUUCAUUCUACGAUAGAGCAUCAUUUGUCCAAUUAUUAAGUAUGAUGUCCGAUGCUGAUAUUCAAUUUGAUCUCCCUCCUCCAACUGUUUUCAAACCAGUUAUGCUUUGGACAGGUAAACAAGUAUUUUCAUUAUUAAUUAAACCAAAUAAAAAAUCAAAUGUGGUGAUUAAUCUUGAUGCCAAAAAUAAAACUUUCAUUCCUCCAAUCGAUCCUAAAUAUCCUAGUGAAAUGUCUCCUAAUGAUGGUUUCGUUAUCAUUAGAGGUUCAAAUGUUUUAAGUGGAGUUAUGGAUAAAUCUACUUUAGGUGAUGGUAAGAAACAUUCUGUAUUUUAUACUAUUUUAAGAGAUUAUGGUCCUGAUGAAGCUGCUGUUGCCAUGAAUCGUAUGGCUAAAUUAUGUGCUAGAUACUUGGGUAAUAGAGGGUUUUCCAUUGGUAUUAAUGAUGUUACACCUGGUGUUGAUUUAAAAAAUAAAAAAGAAACAAUGGUUGAACAAGCUUAUGCUAAUUGUGAUGAAUUAAUUCGUUUAUAUAAUCAAGGAAAAUUAGAAACUCAACCCGGUUGUAAUGAAGAACAAACUUUAGAAGCCAAGAUUGGGGGUUUACUUUCUAAAGUUAGAGAAGAAGUUGGGGAAGUUUGUAUUAGAGAAUUAGAUUCACUUAAUGCUCCUUUAAUUAUGGCAACUUGUGGUUCAAAAGGUUCUACUUUAAAUGUGUCUCAAAUGGUGGCGGUUGUGGGUCAACAAAUUAUAUCGGGUAAUCGUGUUCCUGAUGGAUUCCAAGAUAGAUCAUUACCUCAUUUCACUAAGAAUUCCAAAACUCCUCAAUCUAAAGGGUUUGUUAGAAAUUCAUUUUAUAGUGGUUUAACUCCACCUGAAUUUCUUUUCCAUGCUAUUUCAGGUAGAGAAGGGUUAGUUGAUACUGCGGUUAAAACUGCUGAAACCGGUUAUAUGUCGAGAAGACUUAUGAAAUCUUUAGAAGAUUUAUCAUCUCAAUAUGAUACCACGGUUAGAAAUUCAUCUAAUGGUAUUGUUCAAUUCACUUAUGGAGGAGAUGGUUUAGAUCCUUUCGAAAUGGAAGGUGAUGCCAAACCAGUUAAUUUCAAACGUCAAUGGGAUCAUUCAUUCAAUAUCACUUUCAAUAUUAAGGAUAAAGGAUUAUUACCUUAUGAAAUCAUUGAUUUGGUCAAUUCUAUAUUAAAUACAUUGGAAAAUAGAUUAAUACGCCAUGAUAAUGUUGGAAAUGUAUUAGAAAAUGAAGACGAGUUUGAAAAUAUAGAAUUUAUUGAUCAAAAUGAAGCCGAAAGAGAAUAUUAUCAAUCUGUUAGAAGUUUUAUAUUUGAUAAAGCAGAACAAUUAGCCAGAAUAAGAGAAAAUAAAGGAUUACAAGCUUAUUUGACAGAUACCGGAAUGAUUCAUGAUGUAACUGAAGAAGAUGCUACAAGUGUUAAUGCCAUUGAUCAAUUAUUAAAGAUUUCAACCCAUUCAAUUGAAAAAUUCUUAGAACAAUGUUUAUAUAAAUAUUCAAGAGCAAAAGUUGAACCUGGAACUGCUGUGGGUGCUAUUGGUGCUCAAUCUAUUGGUGAACCAGGUACUCAAAUGACAUUAAAAACUUUCCAUUUUGCAGGUGUGGCAUCUAUGAAUGUUACUUUAGGUGUUCCUCGUAUUAAGGAAAUUAUUAAUGCAUCCAAGACAAUUUCAACUCCAAUUAUUAAUUCUGUAUUGGUUAAUGAUGAUGAUGAAAUUGCUGCUCGUGUGGUUAAAGGUAGAAUUGAAAAAACCUUAUUAAAAGAUGUGGCAUUUUAUGUUCAAGAUGUUUAUUCUGAUGAUUUAGCAUAUAUUUCAAUUAAGGUUGAUCUUAAAACGAUUGAAAAAUUACAAUUAGAAUUAACGAUUGAUAAUAUUGCUAAAGCUAUUUAUACAGCUCCAAAAUUAAAGAUUUUACCGGGUGAAGUUUCAGUUACUUCAAAGGAUAGAAUUAAUGUGCUUGUAACAUUAAGAGAAUCUAAAGCUGAUAUAUUAAAAGGAGUUAAUGAUGUCAAUACUUUAUUCUUUAGAAUGCAACAAUUAAAGAGAGCCUUACCAAAUAUUUGUAUCAAGGGUUUACCAAAUAUUUUCAGAGCUGUUAUUAAUAUUCGUGAUGAUAGUAAAAAGGAAUUAUUGGUUGAAGGGUAUGGAUUGAAAGAAGUUAUGAGUACAGAAGGGGUGGUUGGUACCAAGACCACCACCAAUCAUGUUCUUGAAGUGUUUGAAGUUCUUGGUAUUGAAGCUGCUAGAAGUUCAAUCAUUAAAGAAAUUGAUUAUACCAUGAGUAAUCAUGGUAUGAGUGUUGAUCCUCGUCAUAUUCAACUUUUAGGUGAUGUUAUGACCUAUAAAGGGGAAGUAUUAGGGAUCACCAGAUUUGGUUUAAGUAAGAUGAGAGAUUCAGUAUUACAAUUGGCAUCAUUUGAAAAGACAACUGAUCAUUUAUUCGAUGCUGCAUUCUUUAUGAAGAAUGAUAAGAUUGAAGGUGUUUCUGAAUGUAUCAUUUUAGGUCAAACCAUGAGUAUCGGUACUGGUGCUUUCAAAUUAGUCAAAUCUUCUAAUUAUGAUAAGAAGGUGUUGACAAGGAAACCAUCCUUAUUUGAAGAAAUAUGUGAUGGUGGUAGUAAUGGUAGUAUAAGUGUAUAUUAAUAAUUUAGUUUUCCUGUACAUAAAAUACAUGUGUAAACUUUAAAAAGGUAAACAAAAAUAAAUAUCUGAAUCAAAUAUUGUAGACCUUCUAACCCAUCUUCAACCAUCAUCUUCAUAAACUAUAUGUCGUCAGUACGGGAUUCGACAUUCUCAUAUGUCCAUCUUGAUAAUCCCAAUCGAGUGUUGUAUAUGGAGAAAUGGAGAGAUGAUUCCAUUCCCUUUGAUGCCAUUGAUACUCAACAAUUAUUAGAUGCUACAUCAUCAAUACUACCAUUCACCUUAUUAGAUGAUGAAGAAGAAGAUGGAUCGAUACCAUUACAACCAGCCACUUUGGGAGCUAAUUUAUACAAGAAGAGAACAGCCAAUAAAGAUAAAACAUGGAGCGAUUUGGGUAUAAGAGAUAAGUUCAUUAAUGAAGGGUUGAAUAGUAAUCCUUCUAUGGUUGAUCGAAGUUUAU